UGUCGUUGCUUCCGACUUGAUGCAUUCCCUAUAUUUUUUGUGAUAUACGUCGCUCCUUCCUGUCCUUCUCAGCAUGAACAGUUCCGGCUCGCACCUUUGGACCUGCUCACGAUGUCUUCGAGCCCAGCGGCUGCGGGGUCCUGGAUCGAAGGCACCACGCCUGACACCAAGGACUGUGGUUCCGUAUUCACGCCCCUUCGGCGCCACAGCUCCCUCUCAUGACGCAAAGCCUCCGGCUCCGACCCCGAAUGCUGCUAGCGACGCAGGAGAUGGUUCUCGAGAUGCACAAGAGCAAGGAGCCAUGUCACGGAGGCUAGCCGGGAUGGCAGAGGAUACAAUGGAUACCGGGAGCAAAAGCGACCGCAAAUUGAUGAAGGAUGCCGGCUUUUCGGAUGAUUUGAAGAAGAAACUAGAAGAGCGAAUUGCUCAGACGACCUUCGCAGCUGAAAACCAGAGAGCGAUCAGUCAAGUCACCAUGCCAAGUGCAGCAGGAAAAGGCACACGCGACACGGCCGCUGCAAGCCCAUGGACGGGCAAUGAAUCACUCCAUGACUCCGCCCUUCGAAUGCUCGACGACAGCCACAAGAGAUUGCGGACACCAAGUCGCCCCCCCACACUCCCAGUGAAGAACCUUCGGCCGGCAACGAAGAAGAUCAUAUCCCGCGCAGAUCGGCUGGCCAACGCUCGCGACCGGACCUCCAAGUAUGCUUUGAGCCAGCAAAGUGAUAUGUCCGAGAAAGAGCGCGAACGGUAUCGCAAAGAACUCAAAGAUCGCUUCUCGCCAGGCCAUCGACCCAUGCCGACCAGUCUGCAAGGCCUGACGAGUCUGGCGAAUGAGCGAAUCGAAGACGCCAUCGCACGAGGCCAAUUCAACAACAUUCCUCGAGGUAAAGGAACAAACGUGGAAAGGGACUACAACGCGAACAGUCCGUUUCUCGAUACAACUGAGUAUUUUAUGAAUAAAAUCAUUCAAAGGCAGGAGAUUGUACCACCGUGGAUCGAGAAACAGCAGGAACUCGUCAAGGCGGUGGCAAGUUUCCGUGGACGUCUGCGUAACGACUGGCGCAGACACGCAGCACGAGUCAUCUCAAGUGCUGGUGGUAGCGUCGAGACUCAGGUCCGCAAAGCGAAAGCAUUCGCUCUGGCCGAAGAAAUGGUCAACCCUAGGGCGAGGAAAGUGGAGAAUCUCAGUUCCAUUUCCCCCGACGGCACUCUGGCAAGCGUGACUGUCGAAGAACGCAUCGCAUAUGGUGUGACUGCACCUGCACCCGGGCCCGAUUCUCAAGCAGAACAACCGCAGGAAGUUGUCCAGAUCAACGUCACAGAACAGUCUGCGGAAGAUGCCGCGGCUGCUCAGUCCGGGAAUACAGAGAUACCUGCCCAGAUCAUCCCAGAUACACCAACAGAUACACCUGUCCAGACAGCCACAGCGUCACCUGCACAAUCAGAUACUCCUGCACAAACCGCCGCACCUACACCUGCACCCGUUCGUGCAGCAGCCUACCCCUUCCGUGACCCAGCCUGGCAAAAAGCCGAACUAGCAUACCACACGCUCGCGGUCCAGAACCUCAACAGCAUGACGCGCUCGUACAACCUGAUGGCGCCCAAGAUCGCGCAGAAGCCGUACUACACGCUCGAGCGCGAAUUGAAUCGGUGCUUCGCGGACGUAGCGCCCUCGCUACCGGAUGAGAUCCUUGAACGCAGCCGCAAGCCCACAGUCAAGAUCGCAGUCAUGCCGCACCGUGAAGGUGGUGUGCUGGAAAAAUUCGGCCAAGGUAUUGGCGCCGAGCGUUACCGCGGUCACGAGAAAAGCAUCAAGGAUGAGAUCCAGGGGAAAGAGUAUGGCUUCCGCCAGCUGUUCAAGGAUUUCUUUGGUGGCUCGACGAAGAAGCGCGUCGCUUGAGACUACAGAUUUACGAUAAGAUGAUAAGAUUUAUAGAUGUAAGAUAUAUGUUAAUGACUCGACAGCAAGAUAGAAGCACCGUACGGUAGAGCUGAUGGCCUCCUUCUCCAGCAAAGGGCAACGUUAUAUCGUUGUGUGUGAAGGACUCUGGAAUGAAGAUAAGGAUGAUACCUAUUUGAACCUGACCAGCUACAGUACAGCCGUCAGACUGUGCCACUUUUUCUGGAAACAGGC